AUGGAUUCCUACCCUAGUGAAAAUAUUCAUCAAGCAAAAUUAUCUUUAACAUGGUUAUUUAUUUUAUUACAACGUUUAUUUGCAAAUACAAGUUCUCCACUUGCUCGUUGGACUAUUCGAUGGUUUUUUAAUUCAAUGAAAUUGCCUGAUAAUCAAGUGGAAAAUGUAAUACUUGAAGAUGGUGUUGUUCAUUUAAUAAAACCAUUGUUGACAAAAUUUGAUCGACUUUUUAAUUUUUCUCUUGAACAUGAAUUAUCUUUAACAUGGUUAUUUAUUUUAUUACAACGUUUAUUUGCAAAUACAAGUUCUCCACUUGCUCGUUGGACUAUUCGAUGGUUUUUUAAUUCAAUGAAAUUGCCUGAUAAUCAAGUGGAAAAUUUCUUUCUUGAAACUGUUCUUGAGUGGUCAUCAAAUAAUUUUGUUUUUCUCAAAGGUGAAGAAAUUAACGAUUCAAAACAACUAAUGGAACAAUGUUUAGAAUCUUAUCUUGAACGAUGGCUUGAUCAUGUUGAAGAUCCAAAUUCAUGUUUAUUAACACUUCUAUCGCGUAUACAAACUAUUAAAUGGUCUCAUAUAUCACUUGUACGUGUAUUAUAUUCAUUAAGAACAUAUGCAUUGAAUCAUCAAAAUCAAUCUUUAUUAAAAGAUGAACAUAUUAAAAUAUUUUCAUCAUUAAUAUUAACACAAUUUCAUACAUAUGCACCAGUUCUUCGUCUAUCUGCUUAUUCAUCAAUACUUGAUAUUGUUAUUUAUCUUCUUGAUUGGUCGAUUUCAUCAACAUCAUUAAAUCUUUUACGAUUUUUUGCUUUAUUUGAUCGAUCAACAUUUUUAUCAAAACAUUUUCAAAUAAUAUUAGAUCAUUUUUCAUUUGAUAUUCGACAAUUACAAACAUUUAUUGGAGAAUUUAUUUCAUCUGAAGAUUUAGAUACAUCUUUAGAUACUCGAUUAUUUUCACUUGAUAAUACUUUAUUAGAAUAUCGUCAAAUAGCAUUUUUACUUGAUCUUAUUGAUAUACAUAAUACAGAUAUGUUGAAAACAAUAUUUAAUCCAUUAAUUGAAAAUAUUCGAACAGCAUAUCAACGUCCAUAUAUGUCAAUAAAUAAUGUUCGAAAAUCAAUUGAACUGUUUUCAGGUUUAAUACAAGAAAAUUAUUUUCAUUCAACAAAUUUUGUUAAAGAUUGGUUUUCAUCAAGUAUUCGAUUAAUUGUACGAGAAGGUUUAAAUUUUAUUAAAAUACAUUCCGUUCAACAACCUAUUGUUUUUGUUAAAUUACCAAUCAUUUUCUUAAUGAUUGGCAAUCAUGGAGAUAUUAGUCGAUUUUUACAAGAAUUAAUUAGUCAAAUGGAAAUAAUGAUACAACAACAGUCAGGAAAUACUUGGCAAUGUCUUUUCAUUUUAUUUAUUCAUUCCAUGGAUUGGCUUUUAACAAAUCGAUUAUCAGAUUUUAAUAACGAAUGGAAUACAAAGCUUCGUACACUUCCAUUAUUUUCUCAACUUCUACCAUUACUCGAUCAGCCUAAUACCAAUAUUCCACAAGCUGAUAUGUUAAUUGCUAAAUAUUUAUUAAUCGCUAAUAAUAUACCAUCAACUGAUUUAUAUAAUAACAUCAUAGAUGAUUUAUUCAAAGCAUCUCCAAGAGAACUACCUUAUGUCUUUCGUGCUAUCGGUGUUUUACUUCGUCAAACACAAACAACAAUUGAAAACAAAUGUAAACUAAUAGAAAAUUCAAUAAAUGUACUUAAUGAAGUUGAUCAUCGAAUGCCAGUCUAUUGGCCUUGUUUAACUAUGUUUUGCCAAACAAUUUCAUCCUCUGUUACAGAUAUAAACGUAUCCAAUCUUUUAACUGAAUGGUUUACACAAAUGCUUGAACGAUGUGGACAUAUAUCAGGAAUUAUGAAUACUAUACUUGAAUCAAUAAUUCCAAUAUGGUUAUAUGAACAUCGAAUUCAAUCAUCUCAUUUACCAAUUAUAAUUGAAUGUAUUAUUUUCGGACAAAUUUAUCAAAAAGAUAAAAAACAACAAUGGCAAGCAGAACAACUUGUUGAACAAGAUGAAUCGUUUCGUUUACUUCUUUCAAAUACUCAUAUAAUACCUGAAUAUUGUUAUGAUCGAAAUAUUCGUGUAUUAAUGCAAUUAUUUAUUCUACAUAUUUGGCCAUCAUUACUUAAUGUUCAACAAAAUGAUAUUGUUAUGCAAAUAAUUACAAAACAUCGUCAUCUAGCAUUAAGGGAACGUCGACCACGUUUUUGUACAAAUUCACUCGAACAUCGUAUUAUGUUUCGUUCACUUCAAUGUCUUCUUUGUUUAACAUCUGUUAUUAAAAAUUCGAGUCUUUUGAAAACAAUCUACGAUAAUAUUGUGGCAACAUUAACUAGAGAAAAUGAACCAUCACUUCGUUUACUUUCAGAAUGGAUUAUUGUUCGUUUAAUAUCAGAAGAUCGAACAACACGUUUAAAUGAUUUAUAUGAAUAUUUACAUCAUGCUCAUCAACAUAGAACAGGAACUAUAUGUGCUUGGCUUUCAAUAGCAUCACAUAUACCAAAUCUUUUAUUAAAUCAAAUCGAACAGAUCGAAUAUAUAAAUAAAAUCUUCGAAUAUAUUAGUCCAUUAUUAAUGCAUUCAAAUUUUCAUAUUCGAACAUUUGCUUGUUCGACAAUGGUUAAAAUACUUGAAUAUACUGAACGUCAUCAUCUUGAAAAUGAAACACCCUAUGAAGUAUAUCGAUAUUUUAGACGAAAUGAUGAAAAAUCUGAACUUGGUCGAUAUAUAAUGAAACUUCAAAGUCUAUUUCUUUACCAAUUUGAUCCAAUACGAGAUUUUUCACUUGAAACAAUUUUUUAUACAUUACCAAAAUUAUCUUUAAUAGCUGAUGAUGAAUACUUAUCUCCUGAAUGGUUUAUUGAAAUAAGUCAACAAUUACAUUUUACAUUUCCAAUAUCAGUUCAUAAUGUUUCAACAAUUUUACAGUCAUGUCAAGCUGGAAUAUGGAGAUUAACUGCUACUGGAAAAUUUGAUAUAGGAGGAAUGCAAGACGAAGAAGGAUCUUCAACGAUUCAACAUAAAGCAAAUCCAUAUCCGAUUGUUGAACCACUUGACGAUACUGAAUUUAGAGGAAGUAUUAAACGAAGCCAAUUGAUUGUUGUGGCGUCACUUAUUGAUAAGCAAGCAAAUUUAGGUGGUUUAUGUCGUACCGGUGAAAUUUUUGGUAUAAAAGAAUUAGUAAUUGGAAGCAUUCGUAUAUUGGAAGAUCAACAAUUUCUUAAUUUAAGUAUGACUGCUCAUAAAUGGUUACGUAUAAAACAAGUACAAGAAAGGGAAUUAAAGGAUUAUUUAAUUGAUAUGCAAGUUCAGGGAUAUACAAUUGUUGCUGUUGAACAAACAGUAAAUAGUCAAAGUUUAUAUGAAUUUGAAUUUCCAGAGAAAACUUUACUCUUACUUGGAAAUGAACGUGAAGGUAUUCGAGCUGAUCUUUUAUCUUUAGUAAAUGUAACUGUUGAAAUUCCACAAGCCGGUGUUAUACGUUCUUUGAAUGUUCAUGUUACUGGUGCUCUCUGCAUAUCAGAAUAUACAAGAAAGUACAUGAAUAUGAUGAAAUGA